GAAUUUGAAUUGAAUUUUUCAACAAUUUAUAUAAAUCGACAUUGAAAAAAACGUAAAUAAUUUUUUUAUUACUGUUGCUGUUAUUGUCCAUGACAAAAGAUUCGAUCCAAAGUGUGUGGGUGCUUUCUAUGUGUGUGUGUGUGUGUAAAUCGAUUUUUUUUUUUUUUUUGUUCGUAUGAUCCCUUUGUGACGAAAAUAUAUUCUGGUAUGGUCGUCGUUGUCAAAUCUGUAAUUAAAGAUCAAAAACCUCAAUUUGAACGUUCGUCAUUCGAUCAUCAUUAUCUUUAUCUUUAGUUGUUGUCAAGUGUUUGUAUCGUUUCCGAUUGUCAUCAUAAAAUAUCGCUUUUGUGUGUGUGUGUGUGUGUGUUAUGUGUUAAAAUGGCCUCAUUCUUGUUUGAUUUGAUGUUAUCUUCAAAGAAAAUACCCGGCUAUUAUAAAAUGAUGAUGGAUAUGUUUAAAUCGUUUCAUUGAUUGUGUAUAAUUGAAGGUGUAACCCUGGUUUUUUUUAUCUCUCAUUCAUUCAUUCACACAAUAAUAAUACACGCCCACAUGAAUGGACAAUGGCCAUCAUUGGAAUCAAAAAUAUUCAAACAUAUAAACCUUGGAAUAAUAGUAAUGGCUAUUUUUUAUUAUUAUUCUUAUUAUCAUUAUUAUUCAUAUCGAUACAAUCGAUAUAUUGUUUUUCAAUUGUAAAUCCAUCAUCUGAUUCUGAAAUUGUUAUUGUUGAUGGCCGUAAUACAGCACAAUCAAAAUCAUCACAAUCAUUAUCAUCAUCAUCAUCAUUGGUAACAACAAUAGCCACAACGAUAUUAUCAUCUAAUCAACCAAAUUAUAAUUAUUAUAUUACCGGAAAUCAUAAUCAUCCACAUAAUCGUAAUGUAAAUAAUGGUCAACAACAUAUCGUUAAUGAUGAUGAUAAUAAUAAUGGUGAACAUCAUGAAUUACCACCAAAAAGAUUUCAGGUUGCCAAAUUUGAUUUUGAACAUGUUUCAACGCCUUAUAUAAUUCUAUUAUGGAUCAUAAUUGUUGGUCUAGCCAAAAUGGGUUUUCAUGUGACACCAAAAUUAUCAUCAAUAUGUCCGGAAAGUGUUGUACUCAUGAUAUUGGGCGUUAUUAUUGGUUUGAUUAUGUAUUUUGCUGGCAUACCGGAAGAACGUUUACAACCAUUGACGCCAAAUCUAUUUUUUCUAUACAUGUUACCACCAAUUGUUAUGGAUGCCGGUUAUCAUAUGCCUAAUAGGUUGUUUUUCGAUAAUCUUGUAUCCAUUCUAUUGUAUGCUGUUGUUGGUACCAUUUGGAAUACAUUGGCUAUCGGUUUAUCGUUAUAUGGUUGUUCAAAAUUCGGUGUAUUCGGUGAAGAGAUACCAUUUUUGGAUAUAAUGUUAUUCAGUUCCACAGUAUCGGCUGUUGAUCCAGUUGCCGUAUUGGCUGUGUUUGAAGAAAUACAUGUAAAUGAAGUGCUUUAUAUUUUAGUGUUUGGUGAAUCACUACUCAAUGACGGUGUUACCGUUGUACUAUAUCAUAUGUUUGAAGGAUAUGCUGAAAUGACAUAUCAUUAUGGUGUUGAUUCAAUACAAACAAUCGAUUAUAUAUCUGGUGUAGCAUCAUUUUUUGUAGUAGCCAUCGGUGGUACAGCAAUGGGUAUAUUUUGGGGUUUCUUGGCCGCAUUUGUUUCACGUUUUACACAUCAUGUAAAAAUUAUUGAACCAAUUUUUGUAUUCGUUAUGGCUUAUCUGUCAUAUUUAUCGGCCGAAAUGUUUCAUUUAUCCGGCAUUUUAAGCCUUACAUUCUGUGGUAUUACAAUGAAAAAUUAUGUUGAAGAAAAUAUUACACAAAAAUCACAUACAACAUUGAAAUAUGCAAUGAAAAUGUUGGCCAAUUCAUCGGAAGCGAUUAUUUUUGUAUUUCUUGGCGUUUGUACUGUAAAUGAUCAACAUCAUUGGAAUACGGCAUUUGUUGCAUUGACCAUUAUAUUCUGUCUAGUUUAUCGUACAAUAGGUGUUCUCGUUCUGACAACAUUAACAAAUAGAUAUCGUUUACAUCAAGUGAAUCGUGUUGAACAAUUCAUUAUGUCAUAUGGUGGUUUACGUGGUGCCGUAGCAUUUGCAUUGAUUUUAAUUAUAAAUCGUCAGAUUAUACAUGCACGUGAAAUGAUGGUCACCACUAUUAUUGCCGUUGUUUAUUUUACCGUAUUUCUUCAAGGUAUGACCGUCGGUACAUUGGUGAAAAUAUUGAAUGUACCACGUGCAAAUAAAUUUGAAUUAACCAUGAAUGAACGGAUUCAUACUAGGUUAAUGGAUCAUUUGAUGGCUGGCCUUGAAGAUAUAUCGGGAAUGAUGAUGGGCAAUUAUAAGUUACGGGAUAAAUUCCGUUAUUAUAAUAAUAAAUAUCUACGUAAAUGGUUACUUCGUGACGCCAAAGAAAUGGGAAAUUUAUCACGUAAAAUAUUUGAAACUUGUUCUCGUCUUGAUUUACGUGAUGCAAUGACAAUAGUUUCACGGCAACAUUUAAUGACUGCGGCGGCCACUAUGAAUAAUGGUAAUAUCAACAAUGUUGAUGCUAGUGGUGUAGAUAAAUUUGCAAACAUUGCCGCUUAUUCAAAUGCAAAUUUUGUUGUCGAUGAAGAUGAUUAUAAAAAUAAUAAUAUUAUGAUGAUAAAAAGAGGCAAUAUAACAACAACAACAACAGCAGCAGCAGCAGCAGCAGCAGCAGCAACAACAACAAGUUUACCAAGAAUAUUUCUAACCGUUCCUGGUAAUCCAGCGUUAGCAACAUCCGUUACAAAUGGUGGUGUUGGUGGCGGUAUGAUGGCACCAAUUAUUGUUGAUCCAAAUCAAUCAUUAACAACAUUAUUUCGUACAUUUACACAAUCAAAUUUGGCUGCAUUAUAUAAUAAUAAUAAUAAUAAUGAUGCUUCACCACCAUCUGAUCAUUCAUCGCAGAAUUCAUCAUUUGAAUUUGAUGAUGAUUCAAAAGAUGCCAUUAAAUCAUUACCAAAACAGAAUAAUUUAGAUUUCAAUUAUGACAUCGGUACGGUUGUUUAUUCACCAAGUUUAAAAGAUUUAAAAGAUGCUGAAUUACAUCAUAUUCUUAAUGAUGCAAUGUUUAAACCAUUUAAAAAGGCACAUCAUUAUACACGUAGUGAUUAUUAUGAAGAACCAUUAUCACAUCCACCAUUUCAACAUCAGGUACGAAUGCAGAUACGUCGUCUAAUAUCGGAACGUGAAAGUCAACGUCGUCGUCGUCAUACACAUCAUUCAUCUUAUCAUCAUACACCAUCAUUAUAUCGUGAUAAUAAUAAAAAAUUUAAAUCACAAAAUCAACAACAACAACAACAACAGCGACCAGAUGAUAAUGAACAACAUAAAACAAAACAAUAUUAUAAAAAACGUAAAACAAAUAUAAAACGUUCGAAAUCUGAAAAUGAAAUUGAUAAUAUAGAUACAGAAAAUGAUUUAGACGACAAAAAUGUUGAUAAUAAUCAUCAUAAUAAUGAUGAUGCUAAUAACAACAACAACAACAACAACGAUGAUGAUGAUGAUGAUGACGAUGAUGAUGGUGGUAUUACAUUUACAGCUAGAAAAGCACAGAAUAAUGGUGAUGAUAAUGUAUUUAUGGCCGAUAAAACAAUGAAUAAAUCAACGAUGAUGAUGAUGAUGAAUACAAAUUUUCCAUGGCGUCGAACAUCAUCAACAACACAAUAUAGUGAAACGGAUAAUUGUCAAGAUGAUUCGAUAACAUCGUUAUCUAGUCAAGAACAACAACAACAACAACACAAUCAUCAUCAUCAUCAUAAUCAUAAUCAACAUUAUCAACAACAACAACAACAGCAGCAGCAACAACAAUUACCGCCAAAAUCAAAAUCAUCAAAUCGAAAAAAAUUAUUAAAAGAUGGCGUUAUACGACAACGUGAAUUUCCACCAUGGAUUAAUAAUCGUGAUUAUGUUGAUGAUUAUUGUUCACCAACCACCACAUUGUUGGAGAGAAUUAAUUUUUUUGAUAAUAUUAAAUCAUCACCAUCGUCAUCACCAUCACGAACAUCAUCACCGUAUCGAAAACAAAAUUCUAAUGAUGAUAAUGAUGAUCGUGUAGCGACAAAAAUCGUGGACAAGGUUGCUGCUACCGCUGCUGCUGCUGCUGCUGCUACAGCAGCACAAUCACCAAUGACACCUGCAUCAACAUUGAAUAAUAGUGGCCAUUAUCAGCCAAAAAAAGUGCCAAGUGUUUAUGAAAUAUUUCAAUUAGAUAAAGAUGGUCAUUCGAUUUAUCCGAUAAAAUCAUUAUCAUCAUCAGCAUCAUUGGAAACACAAAAUAUGAAAACAAUGGAAAAACAAAUAAAAAAUGACCAAUCACAACAACCAAAACAACAACAACAACAACAGCAGCGACAGCAACAGGCAAGCUUUGGAUCAAGUGAUACUGUUAUUGAAUUUAAAUCAUCAUCAAAAUCGAAUGAUGGUCAUUCUAAAACAAAUACUAAUGAUAAUCAUAAUGAUGUCGAUCAUGAAGAUAGUUUAGUGAUUAUUUCUAAAUUGUGAUAUCGAUCCAAUCAUCAAAUUUUUAUGCAACAAAAUCUGUUUUUUUUUCUUCUGUUUAAAAAAAACAGAUUUUAUCUUGGAAAUUGGAAUGUCUCCAAAAUCCAAUCAAUCAAUCAAUCAAUCAAUUUUUUCUAAUGGAAUAAUAAUCCAGUGUUUAAUUUACUCAAUUUUUUUUGCUCUUAUAACUAGGGUUUUAUCUAUUUUUUUCAAUUAAUCGGAUAAUUGUGGUCUUUGUUUUUUUUUUUUUUUGUUUGAAUUCAAUUUUUGUUCCAAAAAUUAAAAUUUAUUUGAUUUUUACCAAAUAUAUACCAGAUGGCAGCAGCAGUUGUAAGUUUGAAUGCUGUGAUCAAAUGAUGAUGAUAAUAAUAAUAAAUUCCAAUGAAAACACAUUA